UAUAACUUUAUUUAAUCAAUUGAAGAUUUCUGAAAUUAACACCUUUUUCAUGCACGAAAACAAUAAAAUUUUUUGUAUGUUUGACUAUUGCCAUCUCAUAAAGUCCAUCCGUAAUGUAUUUAUGAAAUAUGAUAUUCCAACCGCUCAUGGCACUGCAAGCUUUAAGGUCAUUAGGAAGUUAUUUGAUAUUGAUCAAAAGAAUUCCAAUUUUAAAAUUUGCCCAAAAUUGACGGAGGCUCAUAUUUAUCCAAGCAUUUUCGAAAAAAUGAGCGUUUCACGCGCAACACAAGUAUUGAGCAAUUCGGUAGCGUCAGGUAUUGACAUGAUGUGUAGUCAAAAUUUAUUUGGUAAUGACGAAAACUUGAUAAAUUUUGCCAAGCCCACGCAGAUAUUUGUUAAAGAAAUGAACGAUCUUUUUGAUGAACUCGAUGCAAAGCAUUUCCAGUCAACAAAUCCAUUAAGGUCUCCCCUGAAGCGGGAUGAUAGGGGCAAAGUUAAAAGACUAUUAAGUUACUUCGAGUUCUUUAGUCCAAUGUCUACAAUGCGUGCAUAUUCCACUAUUAAAUGUAUCCAAGGUUUUCGUACUACCAUAAAAUCGAUGCUGGAAUUGUGCGAGGAACUUUUUCAACAGCAUCAAAAUUUAAAAUUUAUUUUCCUUGGAAAGUUAAACCAAGAUUGUCUAGAAAAUUUCUUUUAUCGGGUCCGAGCUAGUCAGGGUAUUAAUACUCAUCCCACAGCACACGAAGUACAGUAUAUAGUAGCGCGAUUGAUAUCUAUGAAAAUUUUACGACAGCGGUUCGAAAACAAAGGCAAUAAUUGCGAAGAUGAUGAUGAUAUUAAUUUAGACUGGAAUUUAGGGACUGAGGAUCAUCAUCUGGAGGAAGAAGUAGGAGAACCGCUAAAUGAGCAACUCGUUUUAGAAAAUAUAGAGGUAGGAGACGAGAAUUUUGCCGAAGAACAAAAUAUAGCUGAGGUACAGGUGCAGCGUUAUUACACUGGCUAUGGUAUUUACCAAAAAUUACUGUGUAAGCUAAAAUGCGACAAAUGCGCCCACAUUAUGAUGAAAACACAAGGAGACUUAAAAUUGCAUUCCGAAGCCCUGAUAAGGUCUAAAAAUUUCACGGAUGACACCGAUUUGAGACUGGUGAAUCCUGAAGACAGGGUAUUCGAAGUGUGUCGCCUUCAGAUGAUGUGGUACCGUCAGCUUUUUGCAAAAUAUGCUCACGUAGGUAAUAUUCGCAAUCUAAUGUUGCCGGUUAUAAAACAAAAAACCGAAGAAGUAUUUCCCCAUUGGUUCGCACUAUCUGGCGAAUGUCAGGAUCAUCGCAUCAAGCUACUCGAUUUUUUGAUAUAUGUACUUCUAUUCAAAAAUGCGAAAUGGCUUUUACGGCAAGAAAAUACCCAAGUCAGGUGUCAGAAGCGCAACGAUAAACUAAAAAAGUUGUCGUACGUUGUAGGUCAGGGUCCAACAAGGUGAGUUGCGCAGGUCCUUAGGAUUUUUUUAUUUUUCAGGGUUUUCUGCAUCUUUCAGAUUUUUCUCUAUCUUUCAGGUUUUCCUUUUAUCUUCUUUUUCAGGUAGCACCUGAGCCUAGAUUUUUAAACCACUACAAUUUUCACUUAAUCACGAUGGAUUGAGAGUAGUGUUUUAAAAAUCAGGUAAAUCGCAUUGACUUAAUCGAUGUCAAUAUCGAAGUCGUGUGAGAAAUUGUUAUAGUAUGAGAACAAUUUCGUAAUUCGUGCUU